GGAUUUGUCUCUGUCCGAAUAACAAAGUAAACAAAUUAGCUCUCCAAGGGGAAAAGAAAAAAAAAAGCCGAUCUUGGCUUUUCUCUUCUCAGACGCAGUUUCUCUCACCGCCGGCGUGUUUUUUCUCCGAACGAAGCUGAUUCAUAUUGAUAUGGAGGGAAUACAGAAUCCUAUCCACCGCACUGUCGAAGAGGUCUUUAGCGACUUUAAGGGUCGUAGAGCUGGUCUCCUCAAGGCUCUCACAUCAGAUGGGCAGCAGUUUUACCUUCAGUGUGACCCUGACAAGGAAAACUUGUGUCUUUAUGGACUUCCUAACGAGACAUGGGAGGUUAACCUUCCUGUCGAUGAGGUCCCUCCCGAGCUCCCUGAACCAGCUUUAGGCAUCAACUUUGCAAGGAACGGAAUGCCUGAGAAAGACUGGAUUACCUUGGUUGCUGUUCACAGUGACUCUUGGCUCAUCUCUGUUGCCUUUUACUUCGGCGCACGUUUCGGGUUUGGUAAAAACGAGAGGAAGAGGCUUUUCCAGAUGAUUAAUGAUCUCCCAACCCUGUUCGAGGUUAUAACUGGCAAUGCAAAGCAAUCCAAGGACCAAUCUGCUAACCUCAACAACAGUAGCAGAAGCAAACCUAGUGGUGUCAAGCCUCGUCAAUCUGAGUCUCACACGAAGGCUUCAAAGAUGUCUCCACCACCAAGAGAAGAUGAUGAGAGCGGAGAAGAUGAGGAAGAUGAUGAGCAAGGUGCGGUUUGUGGUGCGUGUGGAGAGAACUAUGAUGACUUCUGGAUAUGUUGUGACGCUUGUGAGAAAUGGUUCCAUGGAAAAUGCGUGAAGAUCACACCUGCCAAGGCUGAGCACAUCAAACACUACAAGUGUCCGACUUGCAGUACCAGCAAGAAGAUGAGAGCUUGAAAUGAAGGUGAUAAUAACAGUAGGGACUGUGAAAGAGGAUAAAGUUUUCACAGUUGUAUGAGGAGGAGAAGAAGAAGAACCAAAAAAGGCUUUUGAUUGUGUAGUCUUAAUGGGAACAGCUUUGCAGUUAGUUAUGUCUUUGUGCUUUUUUAUUUUAUUUUAUUUUGCUGUUAAUGUUUAAAUUCUAUGACUAAUCUGUCUUAUGUUUCUGGAAAAUUCUGUCUAGUCUGUUAAUUAGUUUUUUUUUUCUC